GCGGUUGCGCAAUAAGCAGCGGCCAAUUGAUGAUUUGCACUUUGUAGUGCCUGUCAACGGCCUUGCAUGAGAUGCAGCACGUGGGGCCCAGGUUGCAGGGGCCUCCAAGCUUUGGGCAGGAACGUCAUCUUGUCAGUCUCGGCGAGCAGCACACGGUCGAACGUGCAACGACUUCACUUCGUCACCCCACCCAUAUGGCAGGGCCAUAGUUGUUACGUCUAGUCCGUGAUACCCGCCCGUGUUCAGCGCGCACUUCGUUCCGUCCAAUUAUCGCGACGCCGCUGAAUUGUCAAUUCCCGUAUCACAAUGGCGUCAAGCUCAACCGAGACCACGCCGUUGAUGUCGUCCAUGUCGGGCGGCAGCAAGGCGCCGAAGACAACGCCCCCAAAACCGCAGCGCACCGUCACUUUCAACACAACUGUCUCUUCCUCCAAUGACACGGCUCAAUUCCAGUCCGGCUCGCAGGGUACGUCCUCGGCCCGACAGCCUACAAGCCAUGGAGGGCAGCCAAUGCUCGCCGGCCUCAACAGCAAACUACGAAGAAGGAACAGUUCAGGCGCGCCUGCAAGAAUACCUCCAACCCCAGUCGGCAAGAUCGGUCCGCAGAGAACAACGCGAACUGCGCAGAAGUUGAAGCUUCUCCCCGACCCAGCCCAAGACGAAGAUGGAGAAGACGAAGAAAGCGGACGCGACGUAUACGUGCAAUACACAAGGAUCAAGGACCCCACCGCGCGAAGAGAUGCUGCACGACUGGGCAAAGCUGAUCGAGACCGGUUACCGCGGGUGACGGCAUACUGUACGGCAUCGUCAUACAAGCUCGACGACCUGAUGAGGUUCCUGAAAGGCAAGCAGAAGAUGAGGGGUGCACUGCCCAAGCGGUUCGACGAGUGCAUAUACUCGCCAUACAACUACGGCUCCAAGGGAUCAGAGGAUGUACACAGCUCAGCUGUACUUGACGGCACGCCCGAACCGCUACAGAGGAGGUUCUCAGACAGCGCCAUCGAGGUAGAGCACCAGAACGAGCGACGAAGAGAGGACCUCAUUGAUCUGCACGACGACGGCGAUGCGCCCAGUAUAGGUAACGGCGAGAGCUCAGACAGACCCAGACGACCAUCAGUCACACAUGCCGACUCGGAUCCUCAGAUGGACACACCCGACUUUGACACUCAGGUCCACACACCUGAAGUAUUCCUGUUCGAGUACGGCACGGUGGUGAUAUGGGGCAUGUCACUGCAAGAAGAGAAGCGCUUCCUCAAGGAGAUUGCCAAAUUCGAAGUCGACAAACUCGGCAAAGACGAAGUCGAGACGGAAGAGUUCAACUUCUACUACACCCGCGAGUACCAAGCGCGCAUCUACAACGACUUCAUCUCCCUCCGCGACAAGAAGAACUACAUGAUCAAGCUCGCCAUCUCGCACGGCCUUUCGCAGAGCGUCAAGACGAGUCUGUUCGAAGACCUGGUCGACAGCACGAUCGACGACACCAAGGAUAUCCCCGCGCAGAUUGCAAGCUCGGGCAAGAUCAACCUGAACAAGAAGCAGAUCAACAUGCAGAUCGGUGAGCUGUUCAUCCUGCGUAUCAGCAUCCAUCUGCAGGGCUCGGUGCUCGAUGCGCCGGAGCUCAUGUGGGCAGAGCCGCAGCUCGAUCCUGUGUACCAGGCGGUACGAAGCUACCUCGAGAUGGACCAGCGAGUCGGACUGCUCACGGAGCGGCUGAAUGUCAUUGGAGAUCUGCUGGCUGUUCUCAAAGACCAGCUCACAGCCACACAUGGUGAAUUGCUCGAGUGGAUCGUCAUCAUUCUCAUUUUUGCUGAAGUCGUCGUGGCCGCUAUUAAUAUCUUUGUCGAUUUGAACGCCGCCGACUAGGCAUUUCAUGGGUGUUCGGUGUACAUUCACGGGUGUUUGGUGUACAUGCAUGGGCGUUCAGUGUACAUAGCAGCGUUCCCGUGUACAGUAUACAGGCGCUCAAGACGGUGGUGAGGGCGUUCCCGGAGUUUGUUUCGCAUGACGCAAGGUGUUUGAGGAUCUGUGGGCGGAUAGUUCAGGUGUGUAGCAAUAUGCAGGAGGGAAGGUACGGGUAAUGCAAUUAGGAGUCGGCCAGCACUGCGCGCGCAUUCUGUAACGUGCCGGGGCCCGGGUGCUGUGGUGCUUGGUGCUGUGGUG